CCGGAAGCAGGAAGUGGGCUGCGGGGCGCAGGACGCGGCGGCUGCUGGUCCCUGUUCUAGUCCCGGUCUCACUCCAGUCCCGAGGCGCGAUGGAGAAGCUGCGCCUCCUGGGCCUGCGCUACCAGGAGUACGUGACCCGCCACCCGGCCGCCACAGCCCAGCUGGAGACGGCCGUGCGGGGCCUCAGUUACCUGCUGGCAGGUCGAUUCGCCGACUCCCACGAGCUGUCGGAGCUGGUGUACUCCGCCUCCAACCUGCUGGUGCUCCUGAAUGACGGCAUCCUGCGCAAGGAGCUUAGGCAGAGCCUGCCCGUGUCGCUGUCCCAGCAGAAGUUGCUGACAUGGCUGAGUGUGCUCGAGUGCGUGGAAGUGUUCAUGGAGAUGGGGGCUGCCAAGGUGUGGGGGGAGAUGGGCCGCUGGCUCAUCAUCGUCCUCAUCCAGUUGGCUAAGGCUGUGCUGCGCAUCCUCCUGCUGCUCUGGUACAAGGCUGGCCUCCAGACCUCACCCCCCAUCGUGCCACUUGAUCGGGAAAUGCAGCUUCACCCCCAAGGUGGUGAGCACGGCAUGGGCAGCCAGGACCGGCCCUACGUGGGGAAGCGGUCCAACCGGAUGAUGCGAUCCCUGCAGAGCACACCAUCCUUGCACUCAAGGCACUGGGGAGCCCCCCAGCAGCAGGAGGGGUGGCCACACCACCGAGGGGAGGAGCUGGAAGCCGGCCCCACCCCACUGGGACUCCAGGAGACCAUUGCUGAGUCUGUGUACAUAACUCGACCCUUGCUGCACUUGCUGAGUUUGGGCCUGUGGGGUCAGCGGUCGUGGAAGCCUUGGCUACUCUCUGCCAUCUUGGACGUGACCAGCCUCAGUCUGCUGAGUGACAAAAAAGGGCUGACUCGGCGGGAGCGGCUGGAGCUGCGGCGUCGGACCAUCCUGCUGCUCUACUACCUGCUGCGCUCCCCCUUCUACGACCGCUUCUCUGAGGACAGGAUCCUCUUCCUGCUGCGGCUGCUGGCUGAUUACAUUCCCGGCGUAGGCUUGGUCAUCCGGCCACUGAUGGACUACUUGCCUGCUUGGCAGAAAAUUUAUUUCUACAACUGGGGCUGACGGGAAAUCGAGGGCUGCUGGGAGGGUGGGGGACAAGGGGGGCAGGAUCUGCUGCAGGAUCAGGCAGCCCAUCCCUUCAGCCCCUCGGCUCCUCUGUCCUCUAAUAAAACUGGCCCCCAGUGAUGCUCCUAAGCGUGUCCCCUCUGUGCCCCCACAUCGGAGGGAGCCCAGGGCCCCACAGAGACCCCAAACCCAGCUUUCUGGGGAUCUGAAACCACUGGGGCUUCGUGAUGAAUGGCUGCCUGUUCUGCGGGCCCAGCUCCUGGGCCUGAGAGGUCACUCCUGCAGCCUGGGCCUGCCCUUCUUUGCUACAAUGCCGCCUCUCUUGAUGAACCUGGGAAUGAAGCUCUGCCAUGUGCAAUCAACCUUGUUAAGUGAGAAGCUUCUAAUCCCUGGGAAGAACUGUUCACCUUCAGCCUUGGGACCACCUACCUUUGGUCAGGGCUUCCUGUCAAAGGUAAACAGGGAGGACCUUGGGAGAGCUGGGAUGUGAUGAGAGGGGGUCCUUAGGCCUCCCGCGCCCCCCCCAGUCUUUAAUCUUUCCUCCCCAACUCAAAAAUAAGGUUUCACUUUCACAAUGAACAUGUUGACUGAAACUCUCGAGGGUGCCUGCUCGUUGUUAUCAGUGGCUUGUAUUUGCAGGGGACAAAACUGGGAAGAGUAGGAGCCUGUUUGCCAAUCAGGAUAUCAAAGACUUGGCUGACUUCUAGGAAGAUCACCUUUACUGGGGUUCAGUCUAAAGUCUGAUCCUUGGAUUCAAAGAACCAGUGGCACACAGAGGCCUAUGUGGACAGCUGCUCACCUCAAAGGUCAUUUAUUAAGCGUUUGGGGUCAUGAGCCCAGAGUGGGAAGAGAUCUUAGACUCCAUUAGGGAACGCUCCUUUAUGUUACAGACGGGAGAACAUAGUGGGAGGUCCAGCGACAAAAACAGCCCCUUCCAUUCUCCUAGGGAAAUGCAGCUUGUAGGGGAAAGUCCCCAGGCUGAGCCAACAUUAAAGAGUGGCUGGCUCAGGUGCAGAGCAUCGGGAGGCAGAGGGCGUUUUCCUGAAACACAGUUGGUGAAAGGUGGCAUGGGAAAUGAGGUUGG